GAAGAGAGGAGGGAGAAGGAGAAGAAAAGAGGCUGAGGAAAGAAGAGGAAGAGAAGGAGGAAGGGGGAUGAAAUAGUGGAGGAGGAGGAGUGGGCGUGUUCUCUUCCUUCCUUCCCUCCCUGCUUCUCCUUCCCUGCGGGGAUGCCCCUCGUGGGCUAGGGAUGGCCCGCCGGCCGCAGCGCCGUGCCCUGGACCCGGCUGGUCCUGCUGCUCUUCUUCCUCCUCUUCCUCCUGCUGCUCUUCUCCCGGCUGCUCCACCUCCUCCUGCCCUUCUUCCUGGUCCUGCCCCAGGUGCUGGGGGUGCGGUGCUGCUGGCGGAGGUGCUGCUUCUCCUCCUUCGCGGGGUGUGCCCGGCCUCGCCCCCCGCCGCCUGCCCGUCUGCGCCCUGCUUCUGCUUCUCCACUCCGGACACUGACCAGUGCCGCUACCUGGCGCUCCACGCCCCACCCCAGGGUCUCCCGGAACAGGUGCGCAACCUCUCCAUCCUGGGCGGGAACCUCACCUUGCUCCCCGGAGCCGCCUUUGCCGGAGGAUGGCGAGGAGAAGACGACGGAGAAUGGACAGGUGACGAAGAUGUGUCCUCCUCCUGCGCCCCACGCCACCCUCUGCCCCACCUGCGGGUGCUCCUCUUGACCCACAACAAGGUGGAGGUGGUGGAGGGGGGCGCCUUUGCCGGACUGCCCUCCUUGUCGGUGCUGGACUUGAGCCACAACCCCCUCCAGUCCUUGUCCGUUUCGGCCUUUGCUUUCUGCCCGCACCUGCGCCUCCUGCGGCUCAACCACGCCCUGCUCUCCUCGCCGGACACUCUCCUCCAGGAAGGCAGCUUGACCAACCUGAGCUUGACCCGGCUGGAGCUGAGGGGCAACCGCCUCCGCGAUGCUCCCCCCGGCUGGACAUUGCCGCCGUCCUUGCGCGACUUGGACUUGCGCAACAACUCCCUCCGGGGUGUCAAGGCGCAACGGCUGGACUCCUUCCUGCCCUUGCCGUCCCUGAGGCUCCAGCUGACCGCCAACCCGCUGGACUGCCAGUGCGCCUCCCUGCGGCCACUCCUGCGCUGGCAGAGCAAUGCCACCUGGCGCGUCGCCGACGCCCGCAACCUGCGCUGCAACAGCCCCGCCCGGCUCAAGGACUCCCUUCUGCGGAGACUGCGGCCUGCCCAGUUGGGGUGCCCCCCGGACGAGGACGACGACGAAGAAGAGGCCAGAGGGUGGGGGCUGCUGGACACUAGCAGGGAGGCGCCCGACCCGCAGCUGGAGACGGCCUCCUACGUCUUCUUCGGCAUCGUCCUGGCCCUCAUCGGCUUGGUCUUCCUCAUGGUGCUCUACCUCAACCGCAGGGGCAUCAAGCGCUGGCUCAACAACCUGCGCGAGGCAUGCCGGGACCAGAUGGAGGGGUACCACUACCGCUACGAGCAGGACAGCGACCCACGGAGAGUAGGCUCUGGGGACCUCUGAGGAUGGAGCUAGCCGCGGCUUCUUGCUGGCGGCAACGUCCCAAGGAGGGAAUAUGAUUAUGGCAUCGGAAAUUGGGGGAUUCACUUUCCCAAAGGGAAUGUCGACCUGGACACUGGAGACGGACUGCUCCGCACUCC